GGUGCCCACCCAAGGCCUAGAGCGGCCAUCAUCACCACCUCACACCCCUCCUCGCGUGGUUUUUGUUUUUGGCGGGGCACUGCAGUUGUCUCGCUCCUUCUUCCUCCUUCCUCCUUCGUUCGUGUCCUCGUCCUCCUCGCCCCGUCCAUUGCUGCUCCAACUCUCCAAGACCACCCGGCCGGAGGCAGCCAUGGCCUUUCCGGCAGCUUCCCCACGGGCACCGCGCAUGGCCGACCACCAAGAUAGUCAAAUGGAGGCUGCACCAUGCAGGCUUAGAAGGCAGAAAUCCGAGAUCAUUCGUGCUCAGUAUGUUGACGUUAGAGAACUCAGGAUCUGCGCAGGAACAUGGAAUGUUGGAAGCAUAUGCCCACCCAAUGACUUGGAUAUUCAAGAAUGGUUGGAUAUAGAUGAACCAGCUGAUAUUUAUGUUCUUGGAUUUCAAGAGAUUAUCCCACUAGAAGAAGGGUAUAUGAUUGGAACUGAAGACACUCGUCCAGUUGCAAUAUGGGAGCAUAUCAUCCAUGAAACUUUGAAUAAGAAGUGUUCGGAUAAAUCAAAGUUCAAAUGCCGUAACUUUCCACCAGCAAGGUUCAAUCCAUCAGAUUGUGUUUUUGUAAUGGACAAUGAAUUGCAUAAUGAAUCCAACAAUAAUAGUAACGGUGAGCUUCAUCUGUCGCACAAUGCAAAAUCAUCCAAUUCAGCUCGCCAUCUUCAGCCAUUGGAUUUAGCUUGUGGUGUUAACAAUUAUAGUGGGGUUAAAAGGAAAAGACAUCAGUAUAUACGGGUAAUAAGCAAGCAAAUGGUAGGAGUAUUUCUUUCGGUAUGGGUUCGGAGAAGCCUGCAGAAGCACAUUCAGAAUUUGAGAGUAUCAAUUGUAGGAGUAGGUACAAGGGGUUUUAUUGGUAACAAGGGAUCAAUAUCAGUGAGCAUGACUAUACAUGAAACUCAUUUUUGCUUUGUAUGUUGCCACCUGGCCUCUGGUGAAAAAAAUGGCGAUGAACUAAAGAGAAACACAAAUGUUGAAGAAAUCCAUAGAAGGACAGGUUUUAACCCAAUUCAUAUGGUAGGCAUGCCCCGAAGAAUACAUGACCAUGAAAGGAUUAUAUUGUUAGGGGAUCUCAACUAUCGGCUAAAUUUAUCAUAUGAGACGACACACGAACUCAUCUCCAAACAGGACUGGGAUGCAUUGUUUAAGAUGGAUCAGCUGAAAAAAGAACUAGGGAAAGGGUGCACAUUUGACGGUUGGGUUGAAGGACCUAUCAUCUUUCCCCCAACAUAUAAAUAUGAGUUUAACUCAGAAAAAUAUGUAAGUGAUGCGACGAAAUCUGGGAGAAGAACACCUGCAUGGUGCGACCGCAUUCUCUCAUAUGGGAAGGGAACAAAGCUACUUUCCUACAAGAGGGCAGAGCUUAUGUUAUCUGAUCAUCGCCCUGUGACAGCAGUUUAUAUGGCAGAUGUCGAAGUUGUCUGCCUCAGGAGGCUGCAGAAAGCUCUAACAUUCAGCAAUGCAGAGCUUGAGGAUCAACUGUUAUCGAGGAAGGAAGCACAUCUUGAACCAAACACCAUCGAGCCGUGAGCCAAGCAAUUUCCUAGCUCAAGUUCCAACCAAGAUGAUGUAAUGCAACGCCAAUGCUUGAUCUCCAAAUCUGUCAGAAAGAUUCAAUUGCAUAGCACAGAUUAGUAGGAGUAGGAUGUCCAUUUCCAUGUUUGCUACUCAUUUGAUCAAGGGUGUGGUAUCUGCGAGACCAUGAUUACGGACCCUUUUCUAGCCAUUGCAUCCAUGCCAUUUUCGAAUUAUGAUGCCAUUGGUUUGAAUAAAUAGUCAUUUCGAUGAUUGAUCAAAGUCAUAGGACAGUCUCUUGUGUACAGUAUUUGUUUCUCUUAUUUCCCCAUACUGUUAUCACUUUCCUUUCAACGAGGAAGAUUUAUUUUUUCUUA